AUGAAGCUGCUGAUCCUUUUAAUUACCAUAGCUGUUGCAGCUGCUAGUUAUAGCAAAAUCGGAAAAGGUUAUGGAGGAUAUGGUGGCAUGGGAGGUGGUGGAUACGGCAGAAUGAUGUAUGGGGACAUGAGAUAUGGAUACGGCGGUAUGAGAUACGGAGGAAUGGGUGGAUACGGAGGAAUGAUGGGCGGAUACGGUGGAAUGGGUGGAUACGGAGGAAUGGGCGGAUACGGAGGAAUGGGUGGAUACGGAGGAAUGGGCGGAUACGGAGGGAUGGGUGGAUACGGAGGAAUGAUGGGCGGAUACGGUGGAAUGAUGGGUGGAUACGGAGGAAUGGGUGGAUAUGGUGGAAUGAUGGGCGGAUACGGUGGAAUGGGUGGAUACGGAGGAAUGGGCGGAUACGGAAAAUGGGUGGAUACGGAGGAAUGGGCGGAUACGGAGGGAUGGGUGGAUACGGUGGAAUGA